GGAAUUACCUGACUAGGCAACCUACACCAGCAAUGUUGUGUGUAUUAAAAUCUCUAAUACAGAUAGUCAUACCUGAGUAUUUUCAGGAUAUCGGUUGUUUUAUUAACGAAACCGCUAUGUUUCAUGGUGAAAUAUAAUUCAUUCAUCAAGAAAUCAAGAAAAGUAUGCUAAUAACAUCUCAUAUAAAUAUAUGAUCUCUCAUAAACAGACAAUCAUAAUAAUACUCGCUCUCUGAAAGGUCAGUUGAAAGUAAAAGUAAUAUAACUUUGAUUUUUGUUACAAGACUAAUUAAAAUAAUUACCCGAAAAUUGGUAACACAUCUGGGUACCCUCGUCCAAAUUAAAGGAAAAAGCAGCCUUCCUUUUUGCAUAUUAUAGCAGGAAGCUAAACAUGCCUCCACCUACUCAAUGAAGAAUCGGGGAUUUUCUUUUGUGUUUUCUGCUUGGGGAACUUUAAAACAAAGCAAUAAAAAACAAAACAAAAACAAAAAAACAGUAGUCGUUUGUUGUUGCUAGGACAGUAAACAAUAUUACUUUUGUAUAUCUUAUUUAAUAAAUACAACAUAAUAUGACAUCAAAUAUGAAUUUAUGAACUUUACUUAAUUAUCAUAAUACUGAAAAUUAAUGAACAAUGAUAAUGUCAGUGUUUCUGAUAUCACUUAUUGCACGGUUUCUUUCCCUUUAAGUCGAAUGAAAAGUGACACUCGGGUACCAGUAAUAUCAUUCAAUCAGCUACGUGAGCAUAGUAGAUGAGUCAUAAUAUGGGACAACGGCGUAAGCUGUUACUAAUAAUAGCAAUGUGGAGCAUGCCAAGGAUUCGUAGAAAAAACAACCAGGAACAUAAUUAGGUACACGUAACGACACCUAGACAUUACAGGACAGAGCAGACCUCAAAAGACGGGUGUUUGUCAUUAGUCAAGGUGUUAUUUUAAGUUGUGGCAGCGAAAGUCAAACCAUCUCAAGAAGUUCUACACUAGUUUCAUCUCGAUAUCGCGAAGAAACCAGGACAAUUAUCUUCGGUUCACUUCAAAAAUGGCGUACCUUUUCGGAACUAUGUGUAUAUAAUAGAUAUCCUCUCCAAUUCGGACCAUGGAGACGUUGCAAACAGAGAAGACUGUUUUAUGGAAUUGAAGAAGAAAUAUAGGAUUCAGUAAGCUACCCUAACGAGAUAUGGCGGCGAAAGACGAACCACCUCAAUCAGUUCGAACUUUUCACACAGAUAUGGUGAAAAAAUUAGACGAAUUAUUUCCUGUUGAGCAAGGGUCAUGGACAAAGACUCGUAACGAGGUGCAAAUGAAGGAUCUCCUCACUGCUUCAGACUUAGGAAAAGUCACAAAUAUGCUUGAACUCUUCAUUAAAUUGAUGGAGAAAGGAAAGAUUAAGUACGGGAGGUACACAACAAUUUGUGAUAUUCUUAAAUACUACAACGCUGAUGCUGGGGAAAUAAUUGAACGCUAUACAGGACUUAUAAAAGAAGCCUUGAAUACAGGUGUCCCUACAUUGAUAAUCAACAACAAAUUAUACAGUCUGACAAAAGGAAAACCUGCUAUACUGAAAUGUGGUAUUACAAGUACAACUGUAAUCAGAAAUGUGCAAUGGAAAAGAAAAAGGAAAGGAGAGGUUUCAUUCAGAGACAUUCAAAAAGACAACAAGAACUUUUCCGGUGGAUCUAUCGACUCACCUUCCCUGACGAUAGACAUGGCUAGCGAAGAGGACAAUGGGGCCAUAUAUCUCUGCAAUGCUACAAAUGACGCGGGGACAGGACAGAGUGACGAGAUCCAUGUUACAAUCACGCAACCAGAGACAGAUGCAGCUGCCGGAGAUGCUUUGAAAAAGACUGUUCGUGAAAUGUUGGAAAAUACAAUGAAAGAGGCAGAAGAUCAAAUAAACAAGUUUGUCGAACCCCUUGGAGGGAUAGAAGACUUCAAAAUAACCACGGACCGGGAUACCAGGGUAAUCACUGUUCAAUUCAUUGUAAAAAAUGGCAUGAAAAAGCAUAAAGAAUGUCUUCAGAAACAAAUACAGCAUAUUUUAGGUUUCAAAGAGAGGACUUUCAACUUUGAAAUUAUCAUAAGUUGCAUCAUCGUGUCAUUUGACAUAACUGGUGUUACACAUCCAUUGGACGAAUCUGCAUUGGCCUUAGCAGAACGAUUCAGUACAGGUCUCGAAGACGGAUCUAUUUUUCUGACUGAUGAAACCGGAAACCCGUUACAAAUACAACAGAAUUCUCUGAAAAUCAAAAUGAAAAAGACAGCCGACGCUGCCGUUGAUGUGAGUUUGCCGAUGGUAAGCAUCGACCAAGCUGCAUACAUUGGUGCAACCGGUGAAAUAGCUAUCUUGAAAAGCAGGCUGCUGACGUCGACUCCUAUCACCUCAGUUGCAUGGUUCCGAAUCGAAAACGAAGACAAAACAGAACAUGUCAUUGAGAUUGACAACGAAAAAUACUUUGGAGGUUCUAUUGAGUCACCAUCUUUGGUAAUUGACGACAUAAAAGUUGAUGAUGCAGGGCGUUAUGUAUGUCAUGCUGCAAACAGAUUUGGUGGCGGAAAAAGCUUCGCUACCUGCCUAUGUGUUUUCAAUAGUGAAAACAGUGAAACCGGUUUCGCGGCGAUACAAGCUGAAACGUCACUAAAAGACAGCCAGUCAGAAGUUAGUUCCGAAAAAACAAGCGACGACGAUUCGGUGACACAAACAUUUACUGAAAAUGAGUCUCAUGACAAGUUUUUAACAUCAGCUGUAGCCGGUGGUCAUACUAAUACAGAGAAACUACUGUUGGAAAAGGGAAGAGACCAUUACGAUGUACCAUUUCAAGGAUUGGCUGCGGAAGACAACCCACCUUCAGAAGUUCUUAAAAUACACUCCGAAACGGUGGAGAAAUUAGGUAAAUUAUUUUCGAUAAAAGAUCGUCAAUGGCGUAUCAUUUGUGAACAGGUUAAAAUGAAGGCUCUCCUGUCUGAUUCUGACCUAAGAGAUGGUACAAACAUGAAGGGACUAUUCAUAGCAUUAAUGAAGAGAAAUAAGAUUGAUUACGGAGAAUACAACCAAAUUCGUGAAAUUAUUGGUGACCAAGACGUUGUUGCUACAAAAUGA